AUGGUUGGUGGUAUGUUUGUGAAAAUUGAUUCAUAUUGUUGGUGGCGAUCUCACCUAUCUGCGAAAACAUUGUCAAUUUUGAAAUUGUUGGUGGAAGUGCCUGUUUCGCAAUAUCUCCGGAAUGGUUGGUGGUAUGGUUGUGAAAAUUGUUUCAAAUUAUUGGUGGCGAUCUCACCUAUCAGAGAAAACAUUGUCAAUUUUGAAAUUGUUGGUGUAAGUGCCUGUUUCGCAAUAUCUCCGGAAUGGUUGGUG